AUGUCCGCCAUCAACCCCGCAACAGGGGAGCCGCUCCCCGCGGAUGCCCUCCAACGAGUCCUCUUCGUCACUCCGCUCGUCCACGUCUACUCAGUUCCUCCUUUGACCUCAAUGAAGGGCUACUCCGCCGCCGAAUGGACAGUCCCAAAUCCUCAAACGGGACAAACCCGUCAGAUCUUUUCCGCUCGACUGCGAAUUUUGGAGACUGCCAUUCACGAUAAAGUCAGCGCCGAUAUCUUGUUGGAGGAUCAGCAGAAUGGGACUCUAUUUGCUGCUGCGCCGCUGACGGAUACAAAUUCGGUGGACUAUGUGACUGAUUCGUCGCGGUUUUUUGUCCUGCGUGUUGUCGGAGAAGGGAGGAAGGCGUUGUUGGGCAUUGGGUUUGAGGAACGGAGUGAUGCGUUCGAUUUUGGCGUUGCGUUGCAGGAAGCGAAGAAAAUAUUGGGUAUAAGGGAUGCAAAUUCAACGGAACAGCAGAAACCGACACAGUCGUCAUGGCAGGGAAACAAUUCAAUAUCGUCUUCAUCGCAAUCCGAGGAUAAUGCCGCGACUACGACCCCCAAAGAUUAUAGCUUGAAACCCGGCCAAACCAUAAGCAUCAGCAGCUCCCGACGACGUCCAGCGCCCACGACAGCAUCCAACCUAGAAUCCGCCAGAGAUGAAGAGCAGGCUCUAUUCUCUAUCGCGCCACCUCCACCCCCAGGUGCAGCCACAUCUUUUGUAAACACAACGCCCCCAACAGACCAACCGGGUCGACGGAAAAGACCUACAUCGGCGAUAAUAGCGGCAGAUAGUAAACCGUUUCUUGGCUUUGAUGAUUCUGCUACGUUUGAUUGA